GCAAGGAACUCUGGGGGAACUGGGCAGCGUCCUCUCCUGCAGCCCCACUAGGCCUGCCCUAGUGGACGGGGGGAGGGUCAUUCCCAUUUCAGGUCCUGCCACCCCGGGCCAGCCUGACUAACCAGCUCCUCCGGCCGCCCGGGCUGGGGGCUGGGGCGCACCAAGGCAGCAGACGGCCCAGGCUGCGGCGGCCCGGGACGAUGGGGCUCCCCCGAAGGCAGCCUGGCCCCUGGCUACUUCUUCCCGUGGUGGUGCUGCUGUGGCCUUCCUGCACAGGCCUGGAGCUGGUCUCCUACACGCCGCAGAUAACGGCCUGGGACCUGGGCGGGAAGGUCACUGCCAGCACCUUCUCCCUGGAGCAGCCGCGCUGUGUCUUCGAUGGCUAUGCCCGGGCCACGGACACCAUCUGGCUGGUGGUGGCCUUCAGCAACGCCUCCACGGGCUUCCGGAACCCACAGACCAUAGCAGGCAUCCCGGCCGCCCCCCGGCUGCAGACCGAUGGCCACUACCUGACGCUGCCCAUGUCCCCGGAGCUGCUGCGCUGUGAGGCUCCCCAGAGCAGCGGCCGCCACAUCCGGGUGCUGCGGGUGGGCAAUGACCCCCACUGUCCUGUACACCCCCAGCAGCCCCCCUACUGCAACACCCCCCUCCCCAGCCCUGGGCCUUACAGGGUCAAGUUCCUCCUAAUGGAUGCCAGGGGCACCCCUAGGGCCGAGACAAGGUGGUCUGACCCCAUCACCCUCAACCAAGGCCGGGCCCCAGACUCCAUUGACACCUGGCCAGGGCGGCGCAGUGCAGACAUGAUCGUCAUCAGCUCCAUCCUCCCCUGCCUGGCCGGCCUCCUGCUCCUCGCCUUCCUGGCUGCCUCCACCGUGCGCUUCUCCAGCCUGUGGUGGCCUGAGGAGGCCCCGGAGCAGCUGCGAAUUGGCUCCUUCAUGGGGAAGCGCUACAUCACCCACCACAUCCCGCCCAGUGAGAGCCCCAUGCUGCCCGACUCCCUCCCCAGCCUCAGCCCCUGACCCAGGCGCCCCCCGCUGCUCGGGGCUCGAGGGUACUGGGCAGGCUCUGCUCUGGACUGCAUCACCACCUCACCACCCGGGAGGAGCAACUUCAAGACAGCCCCGGGCUGCCCACGAGUGGUUCCCGACCUGACCACACGGGGGCACCCGUGCACUGCAGCCGCAGGGCUCUGGCGUAUGCACCUGCUCUGCCCAGCUCGGGGCGCAGUGAGGUGCCCACCACUUUGUGGGUCCUGGAGGUUGGGCCGCCCCUUGUUGUCUCUGUCAGGUCUGAGAACCCACCACAUCGCCAUCCCCUCUGCCCAGCUGCUGCCUUUUCUGAAUGGGGAAACUGAGGCUUGUGACCUGCCAUCCUGCCUGUUGUCUCCCCAACACUU